AUGAAGUACUUGUUGCUGCUCUUUUUCGCCAUUUCGGCAUGUACUGCAGGCGUCCUUAAAGACCCCGUGCAGGGUUACAAGGACGGUGACAGGUACUUCCAUAUCCCGGGAGAUGACGGCAAACUUCACCUUGUCGAUGCGGAGGAGCCAGUUGAUGUAGAAUUCAUCGAAGAAUACACUAGAAACUCUGCUAACAACGCAUAUUGGCUGUUUACAAGGUCUAAUCCUAAUUCACGUCAAGUCCUAGUGCAGGGAAAUGCAGGUUCAGUGACAAACUCAAACUUUCACUUCGGAAAAAUCACAGUAUUUCUCGCUCAUGGCUUGAAUGGGGAUGGUGGAAACGAAAUGAAUACAAAGCUUAGAGAUGCAUUUUUACAAAAUGCUGAUGUCAACGUUAUUGUUCUCGAUUGGAAUCGGUUGGCGAACCAGGGUUAUACCACAGCGAGAGCGGGAACUGCUGAAGUAGGAAGAGGACUCGGUCGAUUUAUAAUCUGGCUCGUUGGAUUGGGAAUGUCCUACGAUAGAGUACACUUAGUAGGUUUCAGUCUUGGUGGUCACCUUGUUGGAAACGCAGGCAGAGAAACGGGCUCUAGAGUCAGGAGGAUCACAGCUUUGGACCCUGCUGGUCCGUUUUGGGAUAAUGACUCCAACCGUUUAGUGAGGACUGACGGUCGUUACGUAGAAGUAAUCCACACCGAAAUAACAUUUACUGGAUUUAGAGAUUUGUGUGGUGACGCUGAUUUUUACCCCAACGGAGGAUCGAGCAUGCCUGGUUGUUCGCUUACAAUUACGCCACUUUCAUGUUCCCAUGGUCGUGCCUACGAAUACAUGGCUAGCAGUGUAAAAUACAACCACCUCUUAGCUAACCAAUGUGGAAGUCUUAAUGACGCUAUCAAUAACAGAUGCACAGGAUCUCUAAACCCCAUGGGUAACAGCGAUAUCAAUAAGUCACGAGCUGGAAUAUUUAGAGUCAACACACGCCAGAACUACCCAUUCUGA